AUGAUGGCCGACCUCCCUCGACGAAAACCGAUACCCAUGCCACUAGGCUACCAAGCCUCACCUCUACAACAUCCCAACAUGUCCGGACACAGUCGCACUCGAACCACCUCGUCCAGCGUGUUUCCUCAGAUUCCACACCCUCAGCAUCCUCAACACCAGCAACUCUACCCCAACCACAUGCAGGUGCACGCCUCCUACCAUUCACGACGGACGCCUUCGACCAACACCUUUUCCACCACCGCCAGCAGCGGCAAUGGCCCGGUGCCCAAUCGCCAGGCAUCUCAGGACCUGCAACGAUCCGGUUCCUCGAGAUCGGGUUCUUCUCCCCAAACCAGCAGCUAUGUGGCGCUGAUGCGAAAACAAAAGGCGACCGUCUGGUGCGAUCGUGCUCAACAGGAGAAUCCACAGGUACUGGCGGCCCAACGUCAUGCCAAGAUGAAGGCCUCCAAGGAAGUGAGUGGGGGAGCACAACCACAAAGAUUAUCCUCAGCGAGCGGAUCUGGGAGCCUGGCUGGCAGCAAUCGGGUCACGGCAAAGAUUCGACAUCAUGGAAAGGCGGGUUUGGUUGGAUAUAGUCCAGGUGAUCUGGUUGGUGGUGUAGGAGGAGUGCCCAUGCGUCUCAGUGCGAGUGAGGUCGAAGGAGGGGACAGCGAUGACGAUGGAGAUUCCACAAACCUUGGUGGCAAGUAUCACCAACGAUCCGGCAGUGGAAGAAGUAGUGUGGGCAGUGGACGGAGUGGCCGUAGAGGCCUUACAUAUCGUCAAUCUGGCGCCAGUUCAACCGGCAAAUGGAGUCAGGGAAAUACACCACCAAGCGAACGAGAAAGACAGGAUUCCAACGGGACCCUGACUGAUGUUACCGAAACUCCCAUGCCGGGCCCACAUCAACAACGUGGCCACGAUUAUUUUGGAGGAAGCAAUGGUGGUGAUGGUACAAGAAGUGUGGGAAGUGGUAGUAGUGGCGAGCGAAAUGAUAGCGUGGCUGAAUUGAGUGGUCCAGAUGCCGCACGACUGGCCAGCAAUAGUCUCCUCAAGUCCACCGUCACACGAGAAAAGAGUGUCCGAAAUCCGGAAGAGUUGAGAAGACGCGGAAGUGUGGAUGAACGAACGAUGACGUUGAGCGCUGGUCGAUUGUACAUUGCAAAUCCAGAUGCCGAUAGUGAUUGA